AUGGUCAAAGAUCAUUCGGAAGCGUCUUCGAAUGGAGAUUAUGACUUGAGUCAGCCCAUCAACACUGAGCAAGGUCUGCGUCAAGGAUUGACAUCUUAUGGAGACGCGCAUUUCUCUUUGUUCCUCCGAAAAGUCUUCAUCAAGGCGGCCGGCUACAGUGAUGACGCCUUGUCACGACCAGUGGUUGGAAUUAUCAACACUCAUUCCGGGUUCAAUCCAUGCCACUCUGAGGUCCCACGUCUCAUCGAGGCGGUUAAGAGAGGCGUCUUGCUAAGUGGCGGAUUGCCCAUCGAGUUCCCGACCAUUAGUUUGCACGAAUCCUUCGCAUCUCCGACAAGCAUGUUUCUCCGGAACCUCAUGAGUAUGGACACUGAGGAGAUGAUCAGAGCACAGCCUGUAGAUGCCUGUAUCACGAUCGGAGGCUGCGAUAAGACGGUGCCUGCACAACUCAUGGGUGGAAUCUCGUCCAACAAGCCUGUUCUCCCUCUAGUCGUUGGUCCGAUGAUGCCUGGUUCUAGUAGAGGCAAGCGCAUCGGUGCAUGUACCGACUGCAGAAACAAUUGGGCCGCUUAUCGUGCUGGUACCAUUGACAUUGAGGAGAUCUCUGCCAUCAAUGAAGAGCUCGCACCGACUGGUGGCACUUGCGGAGUUAUGGGGACUGCCAGUACCAUGGCUUGCAUCGUGGCUGCUCUAGGCUUGAUGCCUUUGAGAGGCGCUUCAGCUCCCGCGGUAUCGUCCGCUCGCCUUCGUGUGGCUGAAGAGACCGGCCGAAACGCAGUCGCAGCGGCAUCGAACAAAGAUCAAUGUCGCCCUCAGACCGUUUUGAGCACGGAGUCCUUUCUCAACGCGAUCACUGUUCUGCAAGCUAUCGGAGGAUCCACCAACGCCGUCGUCCAUCUUAUGGCUAUCGUCAACCGACACCCUGCAGCCGCCGGGCAGAUCACAUUGGACACGUUCAAUGUGAUCGGACGCAGAACACCAUUGCUGGUCGACCUCAAGCCGAGCGGCGAGAACUACAUGAACGACUUUCACAAUGCUGGUGGAAUGGUCGCACUGUUGAACCAUCUCCGACCUCUCCUGUUUCUGGACGCGAAGACUAUCACCGGAAAGACACUUGGAGACGAACUUGACACGUUCAAGAGCUUCCCACACUCCUUGAAAAUAAUUCGACCACUUGACAAUGCCAUCUAUCCUCGGUCGGCUAUUGCGGUCUUGCGCGGGAACCUCGCGCCUGAUGGCGCCAUCAUCAAAGCUUCCGCCUCGAAAGAUCGUAGACUUCUUUCCCACGUAGGCCCCGCAGUUGUGUUCAAGGAUACGGCUGAUCUUGCACAAAGAAUUGAUGAUUCUAGCCUUGAUGUUACAAAGGACUCUGUGCUAGUGCUCAAGGGUGUGGGUCCUGUAGGCAAUCCUGGUAUGCCCGAAGCAGGCGUCAUCCCUAUCCCACGGAAACUCGGAUCUCAGGGUAUACAAGACAUGCUGCGUAUAUCUGAUGGCCGAAUGUCAGGAACUGCUGGGGGCACUAUCGUUCUCCAUGUGUCCCCGGAGUCUUCCGUCACCAAAUCGGUGUUUGGUAUUAUUGAGGACGGAGACUUGAUCGAGCUCAACAUCGAGCAAGGGUCAAUUCAACUAAGGCUACCAAACGAGGAAAUCAGUCAGCGGAUAGCUAAGAGAGUUGCGGACCCUGCUCAGCAAGCAAUCAAGCAAUCUCAAAAGGUUGAAAGAGGCUAUAGAGGGUUAUACAAGCGCUCUGUGAACCAAGCGAAUCUCGGUUGCGAUUUUGACUUUCUGGCUACUGGUGGACCAUCGGAUUGA